AAGUGUUUUACACUGACGGAGUGAGCGCAUCCUUGUUGGCCAUCCACGGAUACACAAUGGGAGAGUACGAGCUUCAGUUUAAACUGAAGGCAGAAGGGCGAGCCAGGAUUAUCCUCACGGAUUCACCAAUGGGAUCAACUGAUGGUUAUAAUAUUGUCUUUGACGACGGCCGUGACUCCGGGGAAUUUCAGACCUCCUAUAUCUCCUUGAAUGGUGUGGUACUUCAGAGCAUAGAGAAUGAUCUUCUGAGCAAGUCUACCAAUAGACCAUUCUAUAUCAGAUAUACUCAACAGACGCUAUCAGUUGGCAAUGAAGGCAGCCCUCCUAUUCUCCUUGUGGAACAAGUACCAUACGAUUCUGUACAGUAUAUCCGCUUUCAAACAGAGCAUGGCGAAAGAGGACGGUGGACAUUCUAUGAUGUACAAGUUAAAAGCACCGUUGGUGUGGAACCCAUUCCUACGGAUACCCAUAUCUACUCUUACCAUACAUCGGGACCACAACAACCUAUCUAUCCAUUUUCACCGUUGCCAUUCGAUAAGUUUGAAUUCAAUUUCGAGGUUCAGUCAGGGGGAGAUGCAUUUGUGUCACUUUCACCUCUGCCAUUAGAUCAGAAAAGCUACAUGUUCGUUUUUGACAGAAUUACCGAUGUACAGACAUCUUCUGUUGUGCAAUACGAUGAUCAAGUGUUUGAUAAAUACGAAGGUAGUCUCCUCUCAAAGGAUGAAUUUACAAAGAUGUAUGUAAGACGAGAAGAUUCGAUCAUGGUGGCGGGAAAAAUAGGAGAAGAUCCUAUCCUUGAGGUUCAAGGUGUGAGUGAACCAUUUCCACGAUUUAUAAACUUUGGGAAUCUGAACGGUGAUAUUACAAAAUGGCGCUUCUUCAAUGUUAGUCCGGCGGCUCGAGGUGAGGUGUCGAUAUACCUUCAGGCAUUAGAUGAACCCGUCUAUGAUCUCCAGAUACCCCCUGGGGACUUCACGUUUCUGUUUUCAGCACUCGUAACAGACGCAGCCUUCAUGUUUUUCACAUCGGAACCAAGAUAUCAGCAAGGAGUAGGAUACCAAUUAUCUUUCAUGAACAGUGACAGUAUGGGCACCAGUCGUGUAGAUGUUUCUUACAACGGUGUGGCCAUCGCUUCUUACUCGGGAAACCGCCUCAGCCUCGGUGACCGCGCCUACCUAUUUGCCAAGUUGGUCGAUUCAACACUCUGUAUUGGAAUCAGCGGGGAGGACACACCCCUGCUCCAUCUGUCCCAGGUCGACGUUGGGAGUCUGAAGUACAUCGGUCUCCAGCGGGUCACCACCGGCAUAGACCUGUGGACGUUCUUUGGUCUUAAGUAUAUUGGAGAAGAUGGCCAUGAUGACCGAGUUCUGAUCACUGACAAACCCGGACUAACUGGAGACCCGGUGAUCACUCAAACACCUCCUCCAGAAGGCAAUGCGACGUUGGUAAACGGUUCUUCCGGCGGUGGUCAAGCGGUGGAGACAGGCAUUAAUGCAGGUGGUGGCGAAGGUGCAGUUCCUGCUGUUCAGCCACCGAACUACGACAAACCUAUAGAAAUGUCAGGCAAUGUGUUGAAUGUAACGACAGACGGAACGGCAGGCUAUGUGAACAAGAUUGGACCUCUAGAUCAAACGACUGGGAGUCGAGGCCAGUUUGCAGUCAAAGCUGAUAAGAAUGUUGCAGUGGCUCUCAUCUCGCAUAAUGGAUCUGAUUCGGACUACUAUGAAAUACUAAUUGGUACCGAAGAAAACUUGAAAACUGAAUUGAAGAGAUGCCUUGAAUCUGUAUGUUAUACUGUACUAAGCGAAGACACCCCAUAUGUUCUGAAAUCUAUCAAGAAAACACUCUUUUUCAUCGAAGUAAUUCCUGCCAUCGAUGGCUCAUUGAAGAUCCGUCUGGGGAAAGGAGACGUGUUGGAUACUGAAAGCAUUACGUUGCUGUCUUAUGAAGAUUCGGAACCUCUCAAGAUUGAGUAUGUGGGAAUCCGAACAUACGGCGUGUUAGGCGAUUGGACCAUUCACCACAAGCUUCUACUACCAGAGGAUCUGACCAAUUUCCAGACGGAGACAGGUGGUGAUUUUCAGUAUCAUCCCCUGCUUCAUCACGAGAAGACAUUAACGAAUGCCGCGAAACCAAAGGGUGUGUCACGCUUUGAGUUUGGUGUUAUAUCACAUUCUCAGGUCAUUCUCUCACUUUCUGCGGAUCGCACGGAUCAACAUGAUCGAUAUGAAAUACGUAUUGGCGCUGAUGGCAACACUAAACUAAGCCUUUAUCGGUGCGAGGCAAUGAACUGUACCCUUCUGGAAACAGCUCUGGAAUACGGGGUGUUGAAACUGAGACAGCUAACGGCGUUUUUCUUAGAGCUCAGUUCGGUCAAUGGUGGCGCCCUCUUCAUCAGUUUAGGAAAGCUUGGUGGCAUCGACAUGAUGGACAGGAGGUUGUUGUUGUAUACCAUCCAAGACCCAUUGCAGGUGGCUAUGGUGGGAUUCCGUACACCAAACUCCGCCGGUUACUGGGUUAUCAACCAAUUCAUCCGAUACGAUUCUGCGACAUCGAAGUUUAUUACUCAACAAAGUCAACACUAUGUUUACCAACUGGGUCCAUUUGCAGCCGCAGAUGAAGCAAGGAUCGAUUUCUCCAUCCAGUCUGCUUGCGAGGCCGAAAUCGUUUUUAAAGCUACAACAACAGCUGUCUCGGAUAAUUAUACACUUGCAAUCGGUACUGACAACAACCAAAUGACGAUCAUCACUAAGUGCGUAUCGUCAAGGUGUAAUCAGCUUCACGUCAUCCAGACCCCGGAUAUUCUCAGCUCCUUAUUUCCCGCCUUUUUCUACAUCAAUAUCAUCUUUAAGGAUGGGACGUUGUCGGCGAGAAUAGGGAAAGCUAGUCUUGCUGGCAGCCUUCGGUCAGAUGGAUCCGCGCUCGUGGUGUUUGAAGAUCUGGAACCGCUCCAUGUUAUGUAUGCUGGAUUCAGGACGACAAAGUGUUCUGGCGUUUGGACCUCAUCAAAACAAAUCAUCUCAAAACCAGAAGUUACCACUACAGCCAAGGCAGUGAAACAACCCACAUCUCAAGUAGUUCCACAGCCGGGUCCCACUGAGAAUGGGUCCAAUCAAUCUGCUGCAGCUUUGACAGCGCCCUCUGCGCUGGAAGAAGAACCAAGUGAUAAGGUAACUUUUACCACUUUCGGUCUCGACAAUGAAUCACCUCGUUAUGAAGUCGGUCCUCUUGAUUCUUCCCGACCAUCAAGGUUUGAGUUCUUGGUCACAGCAGCCGCCGGUGCCGUGGUAUCCUUAUCACCAGCAGUGGAUUCGGAAUAUCCCAGCUAUAAGCUACAUAUUGGCGUUAACGGGAACAGCGAAACCCACCUCAUGCGAUGUACUUCCAGAUACUUCUGUACAGCAGUGCUAACCGUACAGACCGAUUCCAUUUUGACAAGUACCAAUCCCGUCAAGUUCUUCGUAGAGCUCAUACGAUGCGGCAGAACCAAUAAACUUAAUGUGAGGCUUGGACAUAUCGCGGGGGCAGCAGGAGCGGAUUCAGUGAUCCUAGAUUACGAAGAAACUUAUCCUUUGGAGAUCGGUUGGGCAGGGUUUGGUACCAUGGAAGAUUUUACUGGACAAUGGACAGUUUAUAAAUUCAUCUUCUAUUCAGGAACUACCUUGAUAUCAUCGUUUAAUACUGGCAAAGGUCCCGGAGACUCUAGGUACCCCCGAAGCUAUUCCGUAUUACGUGACCAAUCUGAGAUGAAGUUUUCCUUCAGUGUUAAGGCCGAACAGAACGCCCUCAUAGCUCUUUCCAACCAGGCUUCUGUCUUGGCUGCAACAGACGUCAUCCAGAUCCGUUUGGGUGUUGACAACAACCGGAGGUCAACUCUUUCAAAGAACAAUGUUGAGAUAGUGAGCGUUGAAGGAGACCAUCUAUUGCGUUUUAGUGAUGUUACUUUUUGGGUCUCUAUCGACGGUAAUAUCAUAGGAGUCGGAAUGGGAAGUGGCGACCGCUUUAUGGGAGCCAUUUUGGAAGAACCGAUCCAUGCCAAGUACAUCUGGUUUGCGGCCGGCGACGAUGGUCUGACAUAUGAAUGGAAGUUCUAUAAGUACUUCUAUUAUAGUGCAUCGACGGGUCAUCUGGAAUCGACCCAUGACAUCGAUGUCUUCCAGGCUCAUAUCUAUGAGCAAUCAUCGCUGGAAGAAAAGUUUGAGUACAGUUUCCAUCCACUUCAUGAAAACUACUUCGGCAAGUACAUUGAGUUCACAGUCAGCACAGAGGGCGCUGUCUCAAUUGCUUUGUCAGCAGACGGAAGCCAACAAGUCGAAAUGUAUGAAAUCGUCUUUAGCGGUAACAGGAACUCGGACUUGUCGCUACGGAGAUGCAGCUCGUGUGAAACUCUUGUUAGUUCCUACGAAGAAGAUGGAUUUUUAUUGCCAGGGAGAGAAAGGAAUUUCUUGAUAUCCGUAUAUGACGGUACUAUCAGGGUGUAUGAUGAACAGUUAACCGAUCCGCUGUUAGAAUGGACAGAUCCGGAACCUCUACCGGUUAGCUUUGCCGGAUUCAGCAUGAAAAGUUCGUCCCACUUCGCUUACACUACAGUACCCACUGCUGGCUCUUACACCGAUGAAGCCCCCUCCCCUUAUUUCUACGCCGUUCAACUUGCCACUGAUAAGCCAUGGAAGGUCGUUUUGUCAACAUCAGGUGAACCAAAAGGGGAAGUGUAUGAAAUAGUUUAUGGGACUGGAGAAAAUACAAGAAGCGAGAUCCGAAGAGGCAAUGUACCCGUUGCCUCGGUUGAAAAUGCCGGAUUGGUAUCCGCUGUGAACCCGAACUACUAUUGGUUUGAGGUUAAAAACAAUGUCAUCAAAACCGGCUUGUUUGAUCCGGAUUCUUCUCAACAAUGUGAACUGUUUCUUGGUUACUACGACGCGGAUUUCAUCCCGGUACCCCUCUUUCGGAUAUCCACCACUGAUCCAGCAGCGGUAUUCAAUUUCGGUUUUGGGAGCGGACUUUCUCCUCGGUUGGAACCCGGGAAUAGCAUUUGCGAGCCGUAUGCUCACGCUGUUUACAGCUCGGAAGAAGUUGAAAUGGAGGGGAAAGAAGGCGCAGUCAGCGAUGGUGAAAGUUCUGAUCAUGAGAGUAAAAGUAAAGAAAAAAGGAGCAGUAAUGAGAGAAGGAAUGAGAACGUUAGUAGUAAUGAGAGUGGGAGUAAUGAAGGGACGAGGAGCAGCGAACAGAGUGGAAGAAGUCAAAUGAAAUGGAGCAGCGAAGAGAAAGGGGGAAAUAACGAGGUUAGAAGCAGCAAUGAGAAAAGUGACAGUGAUGAGACUAAAAGCAGCGGAGAGAGUGGAAACAGUGAAGAAAAGAUAGAGAACGAUGGAAAGAACAAGAAUAAGAAAAAUAAAGGAAGCAAAGAAGACAGAAGCAACAGUGAGGAGAAGAGAGAAAACGAAGGGAAGAACAAGAAAGGGGAAAGUAAAGAAAGCAGUGACGAGGAUAGAAGCGGCAGUGAAGAGAAAAGAAAUAGUAAGGAAAAGAGCUCCAAAGAGAAAGGUAAGAAGAAAAACAGAGGUAAAAAGAAAGGAAGCAGUGAAGAAGGGAAGUAGUAACAAUUAACAAGUUCAAAUUGUGAUAGGUCUGCUGGUUUAUACCAUUGAUUUACGCCAACAGCAUUCUGAUUUUGCUCAGAACUAAUGGUGCCACAUGCCAGUGUGUUAAUGCUUUCACUCUCCUAUUUUUGGUCAACGGUAACAAAGUGGUUUCAAUCAUUCGAAAAUUCUUUAAAUGCAUUAAUGAACUUGUUUGUUUGAUCUUCUCACUGCUUGCUGAUUUUUUUUUAAAGAAUGAUUAAUAUGAUCAUACAAUCAUGUCGGUUUUUAAUCCGCGGUUCAAUGUGAGCAAUGGAAAGAAAAACGAUAUUACGUAUUGGUGUACUCGAAGAAUUAUCAUUUGAAAAAAAAUCAUAUUCCAGUUCACUUAAUGCGCUCUUUCUGUCUGUCUCACCCUCUCUCUUUAUGAUGCUUUUGUGGUGAUCUUAUGUUGUAUCAUAUUCCAUCUUCGAAUUGAAUAUGCCAUUACCAGAGUUAGUUGAGACUUUCACAAUUUAUAUUACCAUGAAUACCGAUACCAAUAAAUCAUCACGUUUCAAGAGCAGACUGAAUAAAAAAACUGUCUCAUUUGCUUUUUUGCUUCAGUUCGUAGUGUAUUUUUCUGAUAAUUCACAACAAAAGAAUGAACAUCACAAUAUAUAUGUAGAAAUAUUAGUAACAAGAUUAAAACUUGAUUUACAAAACUCUUUAUUUUACUCACGGAAGAUGUCAAUAAUAAGACAGCAUAGGCCUAUUAAGAAAUGUACAUAAUUAACAUAUCGUAAAUGUAUCUUCACAAAAACAUGCGUUGCAAUUAAAAAUGAGGGUACUUUUAUCAUGAUUGACAAAUUUGACGCUCAAACCGGUCAGAAAUGAUCCGAAUGCACUUAUGCAGACUUAGCUUGUAACCAAAUACAACACAAUUUAAUGGUUUAAUUCACCAAA